CUUCUGCUUCCUUCCCUCCUCGGCAGGUAAGGUAAACAUCCACAAAACCCCAUGGUCACGGAAGGCUCCACUUCACAUCCUUUGUCUCUGCCCACCACAAGGAGUAGGACAAGGUCACAUCCCCCCAAUUCCCUCACUGCUCAGUGCUCACAAGCCCAAUCAAUCCCCACAUCCAUAUCAACACAACGCAGGAAGCUUCCCAUCUCUCCAUGCCCCCACCACCUGCAGUCUUCUGAAGUCUGAACCCUGAAGAUUACUCAUGGCCUAGACCCUAGAUCCUGUCACAAUUCAUAAAGACCCCAAUUUUCAUCCAUCAUUCUUGCUUCACCCGAAAGCUCGUAUAUUUUGUGGAAUUGGGUUUCGGAAUUGGAUCAUACGGGAGUUCUUGGGGGGUUUGGUUUUGGUUCUGGUGAGGAGGACGCGAAAGGCGAUGCCUUUCAGCAGCAUGAUCCAGGAGAUGAAGGGCGAGAUCGGCGCCAUCUCGCGGCGCGGCCUGCUGCGGUCGCGGUCGCAGAGCACGGGCCGCGUCCAGCGAGUGGAGCCGGACGAGGCAGCGAUGCGGGAGAGCUCGUGGGCGCAGGUGCCCCCGGAGCUCCUGCGGGUGGUGCUGGCGAAGGUCGAGGCAGGGGAGGCGCGGUGGCCGGGACGCGGGGCCGUCGUGGCGUGCGCCGGCGUCUGCCGUGGCUGGAGGGGCACCGUGAAGGAGAUCGUGCCCGUGCCGGAGGCGUCUGGGAAGCUCACCUUCCCCAUCUCUCUCAAGCAGCCUGGCCCAAGGGAUGCCCCUGUCAAAUGUUUCAUUAGGAGGAACCGGGCUACUCAGUCAUAUUUUCUGUGCCUUGGAGUCACUGACGCAUUAGUUGAUGAUGGGAAAUUCCUACUUGCUGCACGCAAAUACCGUAGACCUUCAUGCACUGAAUAUCUGAUUUCGCUUGAUUCAAAGGGGAAUGGUACCUAUCUUGGCAAGUUAAGAUCAAACUUCCUAGGCACAAAAUUUACUGUCUAUGAUGCUCAUCCACCUUGUGCCGGAGCUGUGGUUUCAAAGGGUCCAUCUGCACACAUGAUCGGUUCAGCCCAAGUUUCUCCCAUGAAGGGUGGUCCGCCUGCUGGGAACUAUCCAGUUUCCCACAUUUCUUAUGAAGUGAAUGUCUUGGGUUCUAGGGGGCCAAGAAAGAUGAAUUGUGUUAUGGAUUCUAUCCCUGCAUCAGCGAUUAAAGAAGGAGGGACUGCUCCCACGCAGACUGAAUUUCCAUCUAGUAACUCUAGCUCUUUUGCAUCAGUUCCAUUCUUCAGAUCGAAAUCAGGUCAACUGGAUAGUUCAGGUGCUCAGAAUGAAAGUAAGGUGGCGCUGAAGAACAAGUCUCCAAGUUGGCAUCAACAGCUUCAGUGCUGGUGCCUCAAUUUCCAUGGGCGGGUAACGGUUGCGUCCGUAAAGAACUUCCAGUUGGUGGCUUCAGGUGAGAGUGCUCCAACUCCAAGUAACCAGGAGGAUGACGACGUUAUACUCCAGUUUGGCAAGGUAGGGAAGGACCUGUUCACCAUGGACUACCGUUAUCCCAUCUCUGCAUUUCAGGCAUUUGCCAUCUGCCUGAGCAGCUUUGACACCAAAAUCGGUUGUGAAUGAGUCAAGGUGCAGGGCAGAUUGAUAAUCAUAGAAUGUAGAACAAAAGACAUCAAGAAGGCAUAUUACUUGAGUUUCAAGCCGGAGAGUUUGGGAAUAGAGUGGGAUACUUCUGUUCUAUCUAUAAUGUCGUGAUGUAAAUAGCAAUCUAGCUGGAGUGGAUUUUAUGAGUGUUGGCAAGUGUGAACACCAAGAGUGUCCUCUACUAUUUCGUUUCAUUUCAGCGCUUGAGUUCAGAUUACAAGUGAGAUCAUAUUUGUAUCUAUAUAUCUGUGCAAUGCAACCUGCUAUUUCGAAUGACCCUUCUGAGAUGCCAGAAGGCAUCACAUCUGAAUAUAUUGAGAAGGGUUCAAAACA